AUGGAGGAUUCCCGGGAGACGUCGCCGUCCUCCAGCAACUCCUCGGAGGAACUCAGCUCUGCGCUGCAGCUGUCCAAGGGCAUGUCGAUCUUCCUCGACAUACUGAGGAGAGCAGACAAAAAUGAUGAUGGAAAACUGUCCUUUGAAGAAUUCAAGGCAUAUUUUGCAGAUGGUGUUCUGAGUGGAGAAGAAUUACAUGAGCUCUUCCAUACCAUUGAUACACAUAAUACCAACAAUCUUGACACAGAAGAACUAUGUGAAUAUUUUUCUCAGCAUUUGGGCGAGUAUGAGAAUGUACUAGCAGCACUUGAAGACUUAAAUCUUUCCAUCCUAAAGGCAAUGGGAAAAACAAAAAAAAACUACCAAGAGGCCUCCAAUUUGGAACAAUUUGUAACUCGGUUUUUGUUGAAAGAGACCUUGAAUCAGCUGCAGUCUCUCCAGAACUCUCUGGAAUGUGCCAUGGAAAUUACUGAAGAGCAAACUCGUCAAGAAAGACAAGGGCCAACCAAGCCAGAAGUCCUGUCAAUUCAGUGGCCUGGAAAACGAUCAAGUCGUCGAGUCCAGAGACACAACAGCUUCUCCCCCAGCAGCCCUCAGUUUGAUGUCUAUGGUCCAGGUUUAUUAGAAGAUAACCAGUGGAUGACCCAGAUAAACAGACUCCAGAAAUUAAUUGAUAGACUGGAAAAGAAGGAUCUUAAACUUGAACCUCUAGAAGAAGUUAUUGAAGGGAAUACUAAAUCUCACAUCAUGCUUGUGCAGCGUCAGAUGUCUGUGAUAGAAGAGGACUUGGAAGAAUUCCAGCUUGCUCUGAAACGCUAUGUGGAGAGCGCAUCCUCCCAAAAAGGAUGCUUGCGUAUUUCUAUACAGAAGCUUUCAAAUGAAUCUCGCUAUAUGAUUUAUGAGUUCUGGGAGAGUAGUAGUGUGUGGAAUAGCCACCGUCAGACAAAUUAUAGCAAGACAUUCCAAAGAAGUAAUGUGGAUUUCCUGGAAACUCCAGAACUCACAUCUACUAUGCUAGUUCCUGCUUCAUGGUGGAUCCUGAGCAACUAGAUGUUCCUAAACAUUUUCUUUAUGGUUCCAAGUGAAAAACAAGUGUUCUUAUCUAAAAUGUGAAUUAGAAAAUUCUCUGUACUUGUUAAUCUACUCUCUACUUUUGUUUAAAUAUAUUUUCCCUAAGAUAUGCACUCUUCUUAAAUGUCUUCUAUAACUUCAUCUUUCAUGUGAAUUUUAGCUCAACUUUCAAAGUUCACUAUUAUUCUCAACAUUUGCUGCUGUAUUGCUACAAUCCUAAUAUAUGAAAAAGUAUACACAUGAAGGAACAAAAUUGUUAUGAUAAGGAAAAAAUAUUUAAAGUGAGAACUUUUAUUAGAGUAUUACUUCAUAGGACAGCUUUUGUAUCAUAGGACAGCUUUUGUAGAUCUGUCAUAAACUAUAAAGCUUUAUUCUUCAGUAAUACCUACUCCAUUCUCAACUCAUAAUCCUAUGACUAUUCACUUUAUGUUACUUAAAAUGCUAAUACAUAAUCCAAUAUGACUGAUAUCCUUAUAUGCAGAGAGAGAGACAGCAGGGAUGCAUGUGCGCAGAGAAAAGGCCACAUGAGGGCACAGUAAGAAAGAAGGUAGCCAAAAGUAAGCCAAGAAGGAAGGUCUCAAGAGAAGCCAACUCUGCUAGCAUUCUAUUCUGGACUUUUAGUCUCUAGAACUGUGAGAAAAUAUCUUUCUGUUGUUUAAGCUUAAAAAGAAGUUAAUACAUGAGCAUAAACCAACCUUCACUAUAACCAAUAGAAUCUUCAUCCACCUGUCAAGUUAUGAACUGGUUUUUCACAAGUGAACAAUUCUAUGACAGUAUACCAUUUAGUAAUAUAAUACCAUUAUAUCAUUUAUUAGCAUCAUAAUUCUUUGUAUAU